AUGGCCAAUCUCGAAGCCCGCAAGCAUAUUUCCCCCGACUCGGGGUUCCCCAUUACACUUCAUCCCCAUUUCAACGAGAAGAUCAAGAGCCAUGUGCCUCCAGAGCCACCCCGCGAGCCAUUUACCCCGCCCAAAGACCGAGCAUUCUUUGCAGAUCCGGAGAAGAAGGCAUUAUUCUCUGUGGCGAAGCCGGUUGACUUGACUGAGUCUAUUGGAACUGUUCUCGAGAAUGUGCAAUUGUCUCAGCUGAAUGAGACUCAGUUGGAUGAAUUGGCACUUCUUGUUAAUGAGCGGGGAGUUGUCUUCUUUCGGGAUCAGGAUCUUACUACUGAGCAACAGGUAGAACUGUUUCAACAUUAUGGUAUUUUAGAUAAGCACCCUGCUCAAAUGUUCGUGAAUAUCAGAGGUAGCCGCGAGGAUCACCGUGAAAUCCUAAGUUACACGCCCUGGCCGAGUGGAGAUUUCCACGCCGAUACAUCAUUCGAGAUCAAUCGUAUGUGCACACCUACCUACUCCCUACUGAGAAUGGAAGAACAUCCCGAAGUUGGUGGCGACACAGCUUGGGUAUCUCAAUAUGGCUUAUACGACGCCCUAAGCAACGCCUACAAAAGGUUUCUCGACGGCCUUCACGCCGUGCAUACCUCAAGACUGCAGUAUGAUACCAUCAUCGAUCUAUGGGGUGCAGGUCCCAAUCGCCCUCCGAUCGAUACACACCAUCCAGCCGUGCGCACGCACCCAGUCACUAAGCUGAAGGCAUUGAACGUCAAUCCUGGAUUUGUGACUGGGUUUGCUGAGCUCAAGAAAGUGGAAUCCGACAAAGUUCUCGAUUUCUUGGCAUAUCAUAUCCACUCGGCUGAUGAUCACUCUGUUCGUUGGAAAUGGGCUGUUGGUAGUGUUGCAAUGUGGGAUAAUCGGUGUACCCUUCACCGGGUUAUACCUGGUACAUACAAAGGAGCUCGACAAGGUAUCCGGACUACUGUUUUUGGUGAAAUACCCUAUCUUGAUCCCACUAGUGAGAGCCGCGCGGAGCGGAAAUUACGCGUGGAAAGCCAGAAUGGUGAGGGUGUUCUCGCAGUUUGA